AUGGUUUACUGGUGUCAUGUCUCGUGGAUAUAUACUCGUUUGAGUGACUUUGUUUGUGGCGCCGUUUCCCAAUCUCCCUACCGAGCUUCCGGACUUGAUGGUCGUGAGGGUUCAUGUCGUUUAUUGUUCAACCGGUUCAAAGAUGCCUUAAUAGGUCGCUUCGGUGCAAAUGUUGAAGUGACUGGUGAAGGCACACCCACUUCGACUGGUUGGUUUGAGGUUGAAGUUUCUGGCGUUGGACUAGUGUUCUCGAAGAAGAACGGCGAUGGAUUUGUCGAUAGUCAAACAAAGUUGGACGCCAUCACCGACGCAAUCGAAAAGGCCAUGAGGCUACGCACCCAUUAA